GCACGAGAGCCUGGUGUUUUUCCACUCUCUCCGUUAUUACAUGCGCUCCCAUAUAAGACAGAAGUCGGGGGGAGAGGGCGUAAUGAUUAUUUCUCUUGCUUUGUAGCCUCACCACAAGAAAGAAGACAAAAGAACAAGAGACUCGGACAGACUUGAGCAAUAAAUUGCAUUGUCAGUAUGGCACAGAAGGAGAAGUUGCAGUGUCUCAAAGACUUCCAUAAGGACACAUUGAAGCCGUCUCCUGGCAAGAGUCCCCGCACGCGUCCGGAAGACGAGGCGGAGGGCAGAGCGCCGCAGCGGGAGAAAUGGGCCAGCAAGCUGGAUUUCGUGCUCUCUGUGGCCGGAGGUUUUGUUGGUUUAGGCAACGUUUGGCGUUUCCCGUACCUCUGCUACAAGAAUGGCGGAGGUGCAUUUCUCAUCCCCUACUUCAUAUUUCUGUUUGGCGGAGGGUUGCCUGUCUUCUUUCUGGAGGUGGCGCUCGGCCAGUUCACCUCUGAGGGAGGAAUCACCUGCUGGGGGAAACUCUGCCCCAUUUUCACUGGUGAGACAAAUAGAUGCAUCAAG